AUGAGCUCCAUCUCUGCUGCUGGCGCCGUCGCCAGGAUUGCGGCGCUCGCUUCGGCCACGCUGGUCAACGUCGCUCCUUCCGGCAAGGCUUCCACCUCUUCCUUCGCUUCGGUUGCUGACAAGGCCGCCGAGCUUAACGCACAGCUCGAGGUUGAGCAGCUCAACCAGCAUGUCGAGCUCGGCUCCGUCCUCACUCAGCUCAAGCCCGCUGGCAACGGUCUCAUCUCGGUCCUCUCCCACGCAUACCAGCAAACCUUCACUCGUCUCGUGCCUCACCUUCCCAAGAUCGUCAACACUCCCACUGUCUUCCACGUCGCCAGCACGGGCGAGCACAGCGAUGUCAUGGCCCUUCGCCAGUCUGGCCUUGUCCUCCUUCACUCUUCCACUGCCGCUCAGGCUCACGACCACGCCCUCCUGGCUACCAAGAUCGCCACCUCCGCCAAGCGAGCUGUGCUCCAUUUCUUUGAGGAUGUCUCUGGUGACGUCGAGGAGGUGACCGAUGUUGACCUUGCUUCCUUCGUCGGCUCGGCUGUUGGCUCGUCCAGCGCCGAUGCUUCUGCUCCCAAGGCCAACGGCGUCAACGGCCACGCUAACGGUGCCAACGGUGCCAAUGGCGUCAACGGUGCCAAUGGCCACGCCAACGGUCACGCCAGUGCUGCUGCUAGCGAGGCCGGCUUCGACGACCUCGAGUCGGCCAUCGACGCCGCCUACGAGGAUGUCGCUGAGCUCGUUGGUCACGCCGUCGAGCCUUUCCAGCUGGUCGGCGCUUCCGACGCUCACAACCUCGCCGUCGUCCUGGGUGCCGGCUCCGAGACGCUGCAGGACUACACUGCCCCACACAACGACCUCGCGGUCCUCGAUAUCCGACUGGUUCGCCCCUCGUUGCCACAGCGUCUGCUCGACACCAUCCCUGAGGGUAUCAAGCGCAUUGCCGUCCUCGAGCAGAGUGUUCGCAGGACCACCAAGCUUGGCCCCCUCUUUGUGGACGUUGCCACCGCUUUCCAGGGCUCCGAGCGCUCCCUUCCCUCCGUCUUUGUCAGCGGCACCCUCGGCCACAUCGACGACGGUGACAAGGCCGCCAAGGAGCUGAUCAAGGCGCUCGAGUCUCCCAAGGCCAAGCAUGCAUUCGUCGUCGGUGACACCAACAAGCUCGCCGCUCGCGCCCAGGCUGCUCCUGCUACUGCUGCCAUCACCGGUCCCGUCCAGGUGCCCAAGCACGAGGAGGCCUACAAUCUCAUGCUUGAGCAAGUCUUUGCUGAGCGUCUCUCCGUAGUCAACUCGGCCAACGAGGAGUCGGACGACCACCCUGCCGCUCGCAGCCCCGAAUACGCCUUUGGCCAGGUCCUUGCUCAGCUUGAGCAGCGUGACGAGCUUGUCCGCUCCGUCAACGACGUGCUUCGCGAUGGUGGUGUCUCGGGCGAGCUGCACGAGGCUCUCUCGCAGUGGCUCGGCGCCAAGGCCGAUGCCAAGAAGAACGUCAGCUCUAGCAACAAGGUCGCUUCGCUCCUCCAGUCGUCUACCUCGGGCGCUGCUCUGCAGAAGAUCAAGUCGCUCUCAUCGCACCUCUCGUUCAAGAGCCGAUGGAUCGUUGGUAGCGACGCAUGGGCUUACGAUGCCGGUAUGGGCGGUGUUCAUCACGUCAUUGCCUCUGGCCGCAACGUCAACAUGCUCAUCUUCGACAGUGUUCCGUACACCAAGCGAGACGCUCAGGCCGCACACAAGCGCAAGAAGGACAUCGCCUUGUACGCCAUGAACUACGGCAACGUCUACGUUGCCAGCACCGCCAUCUACGCCGACUACACCCAGGUGCUCCACGCGCUCAUGGAGGCCGACAAGUUCGACGGCCCCUCGGUUGUGCUCGCCUACGUGCCUUACCGCACUGAGGACGCUCCUGCCCUCGACGUGCUGCGCGAGACCAAGCUGGCUGUCGACUCUGGCUACUGGCCUCUCUUCCGAUGGGAUCCCAGUGCCGAGGCUCGCGGCUCCGAGACCUUGCGCCUCGACGGCGUGCGUCUCCGUGAGCAGCUGCAGCAGUUCCUCGACCGACAGAACCUCUUCACCACGCUCGUCAAGUCGCGUCCCGAGCUCUCGUACGACCUCGCCGCUUCGCAGGGCAACGCUCUCCGUGACUUGCAGCGUCGCAAGGCCAAGGAGGCCUACGAGAAGAUGCUCGGCUCGCUCGACGGCCCUCCUCUGCUUAUCCUCGUCGCUUCCGACGGUGGCAACGCCGAGAAGGUGGCCAAGAAGCUCGCUGUGCGUGCCAAGGCUCGUGGUGUCGCCGCUCGUCUCCUCACCAUGGAUGACUACCCUCUCGCCGAGGAGCUCAAGGACGAGAAGAAUGUCGUUUUCCUCACAUCGACUGCCGGUCAGGGUGAGGCUCCUCAGAACGGUCGCUUCACCUACAAGGCUCUGCUCGCCUCCAACGCCGCGGCUCUUCCCGACACGGUCAACUUCACCGUCUUUGCCAUGGGUGAUAGCCACUACUGGCCCCGACCCGAGGACGCUCACUACUACAACAAGCCCGGUAAGGACAUUGACGCCCGUCUCGAGCAGCUCGGUGCCAGCCGCAUGGCCCCUAUCGGUCUCGGUGACGACCAGGAUGCCGACGGCUACCAGACUGGCUACAAGAUCUGGGAGCCUUUGCUCUGGAAGGCGCUUGGCGUCGACACUGUCGAGGUCAAGGAGGCCGAGCCCGAGCCCAUCACCAACGAGCACAUGAAGAUCGCCUCCAACUACCUGCGAGGUACUAUCAAGGAGGCGCUCGAGGACAAGUCGACCGGCGCCAUCCCCGAGACCGACGGUCAGCUCACCAAGUUCCACGGUACUUACAUGCAGUACGACCGAGACACGCUGGAGGAGCGCAAGGCGGCUGGUCUCGAGCCCGCCUACAGCUUCAUGAUCCGCGCCCGUAUCCCCGGUGGUGUCGUGACCCCGGCGCAGUGGAUCCAGCUCGAUGACGUCGCCGAGCAGUACGGUAACCAGACGGUCAAGAUCACCACGCGUCAGACCAUCCAGUACCACUGCAUCGUCAAGAGCAACCUCAAGGCGGCCAUGCAGGGCAUCAACAAGUCGAUGCUCGACACCAUCGCCGCCUGUGGUGACGUCAACCGAAACGUCAUGUGCUCGCCCAACCCGAGCCUCACCGAGCUGCACGAGGAUGUCUACGAGUUCUCCAAGUCGAUCUCGGAGCACCUGCUGCCUCGCAUGGACGCCUACCACGAGAUCUGGCUCGACAAGGAGACCGAGAGCUCCAAGACGCUGCUGAUUGGCGGUGUGCUGCAGGACUACGAGCCUCUGUACGGCCCUUACUACCUGCCGCGAAAGUUCAAGAUCGCCAUCGCCGUGCCGCCACGCAACGACACCGACUGUUUCGCCCACGACAUUGGUCUCAUCGCGAUUGCCGACCCCGUCACCAAGCGUUUGGCUGGUUUCAACUUGGCCGUCGGUGGUGGUAUGGGUGUCACGCACUCGAUGAAGGCCACCUACCCGCGUCUCGGAAGCGUCAUUGGUUUCGUCACCCCCGAGCAGACCCUCGACGCCUGCCGCAUCGUCAUGCUGAUCCAGCGCGACACGGGCAACCGUGCCAACCGAAAGCAGGCUCGGUUGAAGUACACCAUCGACAAGAUCUGGGGUGGCGCCGACAACUUCAAGGCCGAGGUGGAGCGUCGUCUGGGCUACAAGCUCGCCGAGGCGAAGUCGUACAAGUUCGACACCAACACGGACCACUACGGCUGGACGCAGGACUACAAGGGCAACUACCACUGCACCUUGUGGCUCGAAAACGGUCGUGUCAAGGACGAGCCUGGUGCGCCCUUCCGCACGGGUCUGCGCGAGCUGUGCAAGAUCCACAAGGGAGCGCUGCGCCUCACGCCCAACCAGCACGUCAUCAUUUCGGACAUCAAGCCCGAGGACAAGGACACCAUCGACGCCCACCUGCGCAAGUACAAGAUGAACAACUGGGAGCACUCGGGCGUCAAGCUCUCGGCGAGCGCCUGUGUCGCCUUCCCCACGUGUGGUCUUGCCAUGGCCGAGUCGGAGCGCUACCUGCCCUUGCUCAUGGACAAGGUCGAGGAAAUCUUUGAGGCCAACGGUCUUCGCAGCACCGACACGGUCUUCCGUAUGUCAGGCUGUGCCAAUGGUUGCUCGCGACCGUGGAUGGCCGAGGCCGGUUUCGUCGGCAAGGCGCCCGGUCAGUACGUCAUGACGCUCGGUGGCUCGCACAACGGUACGCGUCUGUCCAAGAUCUACCGCGAGUCGGUCGACGAGAAGGAGAUCAUGGAAAUCAUGAACAAGCUCGUGCCGCAGUACGCCAAGAACCGCAUCGAGGGCGAGAGCUUCGGUGACUGGGUCAUCCGCGCCGGCAUCAUCAAGCCCACCACCGAGGGCAAGGCGUUUUACGAGGACAUGUGCCCCUCGGAUGUGGUGCCACCCUCGGCGGCGGCCAAGAAGGGCCCCGCUCAGGCCAUCGAGCACUACGACCAAACCUCCUCUGCAUAA